AUUUGACAUUUAAUAAAACUCCCCCUACCCCUAUUUCGGUGGUCCUUGAUGCUAAAAACAGGUUCUUGAGAAAUUUCAAAUUAUUAUGAUGCCAACUUUCUUUCAAACAGUCCAGAAAUCGUAUCAUGAAUGUACCGAAAAAUAAUUUGCUAUGUUGUAUUUACCCUGGUACAAGUAAUGCUUGUAUUUGGGAAAAUGUACAAAAAGGAACAAGAAUCGAAGAAGAGAAUAAAAAAAUAUGCUUUUCGGCCUUAUAAAUUUGAAACAAUAGAGACUUUUCAUGGGUGUAAAAUGAUGAACUUGUUAUACCCUCAACCAAGAAGUGGUCAUAGGAUCGGAGCUGACUCUUCUAAUUUUUACUGCAUUGGUGGAUUCAAUCCAAUGAUGGCACCUGAAAUGGUGGACAUGGAACAAGAUUAUUGGCUCCAGCGUGCCUUUCCUUUGUUUCAGGAAAUGUGGAGAUUCAAUUUUGCUUCCAGAACAUGGCAUCGAUAUUACAAUAAUGCUACUUUACCUGAAGAAGCAGUCUCUAAUGCAUUAGUGUUGCAAGGAAAUUUACUAAUGGUUUAUGGUGGUACUGGUUCACCAUUUGGUUUCAAAUGUAGCAACCAAUUGCAUGUAUGCAAUAUUAGGGAUGAACUACCUAGAAUGAUGAAAAUCAAAACCUCAGGAGACUUACCUCCACCAAUGUAUGGACAAGCUAUUAUAUACCAUAAUGACUAUUUAUACACUAUAGGAGGAACAACAGGAACUUCAUAUACUUGUGAUAUACAUAGAUUGAAUUUAUGUACCUAUGAAUGGACAGAAGUUUAUUCAAGUAGAGAAAGUAGGGGACGAUUAGUGGGACGUCGUGAUGAACCCACAGGAAGAUAUAGACAUGAAGUAGCUUUCGACGGUGAUAAUAUUUUUGUAUUUGGAGGUGGCACUCAAUGGCUAACAUUUGAAUUAGAAAAUGUACCCACCUUUAGUUUGACUAAACAACGUUGGACAACCAACAGGACGAUUGGGGACAGGCGUUAUGGUUGGCCUGAACCUAGAAAAUACCACGGCGCCAAUCUAAUAACUCUUAAUGGGCUAAAACAGGUUUUUAUAACCGGUGGAACUGAUGGAGAGCAGAUUUUCAAGGAUCUGUGGCGACUCGACUUGAAGACCUUCGAGUGGACUUAUUUCGCUAAGUUUCAAAUGCCGAGAGAACUCUAUUUCCAUGCCACUUCCACCACACCAGAUGGAAAAUUAUACAUUUUCGGGGGGAUAUUAAGUGAUACGGACAAUAAUCACUUGAGAACGGAUAUGAUCUGUUCGACGUGGUUGUGCAUCCCAAAACUGAGUGAAAUAUGUUGGGACGCGAUCCUUUUUUAUCAGCCUUAUAUUGUUCUUCGCGAUCCGAAGGAGUUGAGGAAUGCAGGCUUGCCUAAAAGCUAUGUCGAUAGAAUACCUCCCAACAGAUGUGAAGAUUUUAUUGGUUAGUGAAUUUUUGAUUCAAAAUUUAGUUUUUUGCAUUUAGUGAAAUUAUUUGUGCGAUUUUUGAAAAUUGAAUUUACUCAUUUUAUUUUUUUAUAAAUUGGCUCUUUUGUAAAGGCAUGUAAAAUUAACUGAAUAAAGAUUUCAAUACUG